AUGAACCGUUUCCUGAGAGCUGGGGAGAAUGGAGCGCUGCUGACGGACUGCAGGGAGCUGUCACCGAACCCCACCGCCUCCUCCUCCUCCUCCUCCUCCUCUCCCUCUUCCUUCGCCGCCUCCUCCAUCUCCGUCAAUACCUCCUCCAGCGCCGACAGACACGGGGCCCUGCCCUCGCUCCACACCGGGGGACCUGGCGGCGGCGGGUCGGAGCCGACGACAUCCUCGCUGAAGCGCAACCGAGGCGUCCGGGAGCCCGCCGUGGCGGUCCGCGGCGGCGGGGGGGAGGCGUGCCCGGGGGUCGGCAAGCAGCAGCGUCGGGAGGUUCAAGGACGCCGCGUCGGUGCAGGUGUGGAGAUGCUGUCAGCGGUGAGCAGAGACGCGGACGGCGUCUCAGCGGUGAGCACGGCCUCCGCGUCUGCGACCUGCGCCAAAGGCAAAGAGGAGAGGAAGGGGAAGAACGCGAUCCGGGCGUGGAAGAGAGAGAGGGAACGGGAGCGGGACGCCGCCGCACCUCCCGCUCCUCCGGUCCGGACGAGGAAGGAGAAGCCCGGCGAUGGUCCGUCACCGCCUCCCUCCGUCUUCCUCCCCGAGCAUCAUCUGUGCCGUGACGGACACGGGCACGGGCACGGACACUGCGCCGCGCCGGACGCCGGGAUCAUGGGGGACAACAACAACAGCGCGGCCGGUAGAAACGCGUUGGAUGCCGGAAUUCAAAGCGGCGGCGCUGACGCUAUUGUUGUGAGGCGGCUGCAUGACGACACGCCGACCGCCAAGAAACACAGAGGAGCCGAGAAGGUGGACCCUAUGUUCAUGGUGCCCGCUCCCCCUGCUCCAUGCCAUGCCGGGGCCCUUGGCUCCUCUCUGCCCUCUGCCCCUUCCUUCUGUCCUCCGGCCCUGCCCACCUCCAGCCCUAAGCAGCUGGCGGUGAGAACGAGGUCCAUCGGCACAAACACGCAGGAUGGGGGAGGACCGGGGGCUGUGGAGGGGGACUCAGCCUGUUUGGGGCCCUGCCAGCCUGGGACCAGUGUCAACCUGGAGGGCAUCGUCUGGCACGAGACCGAGGAAGGUGUGCUGGUGGUGAACGUGACCUGGAGGAAGAGGACCUACGUGGGAACUCUGUUAGACUGCACCAAGCACGACUGGGCUCCUCCCAGGUUUUGCGAGUCUCCCUCCAGUGACCCUGAGUUGCCAGGCGGGCGUGGACGGGGCAAACGGAUGCGAAUGGCCAUGGCAGAGCGGCCUUAUGUUGAGCCAGCUCCUGCUGCCAAGGUCAGGGGUCUGUCACAGCACAGGAGCCGAGGAGGUGGAGUUGCCGGAGCCACUGCUCCCAUCCACAGCAAGGGGCGGAGGGGGAGCUUGAACCUCAUCAACAGCAACUGCCGCACUCCUCCUUCAUUCUUUACUGUGGAUGAGGUGAAAUCCAACAGCGCCUCUGUCCUCGCCUCUGGGAAGCGAAAGAACAAACCACCCGCUGAUCUCGACCUCAGCCUGGUCUCCUCAGAUGACAUUAAAAAUGGCAACGGGAAAAGGAUGAGAGCCAAAUCUCGCAGCGCCCCCUCCACCCCACAGGGUAAAUCCGACCCCUCAUUCAUGGAUCCAGGAGGAGGUUGUGCCUCUUCCCCACCUCCCCCACCCAUUCUUAUUGACUGCCCCCAUCCGAACUGCACUAAACGCUACAAGCACAUCAACGGCCUGCGCUACCACCAGACACAUGCACACUUGGAGGCUGAGGAGCAAAGGAAGCCUGAGCUGGAGCCUAUGAAGGAUGUAGAGAGCGAGGAACGACUGUCAGACUGUGAGGACACUAUUGGCAGCAUAACAUACGAUCUCUCAGAGACAAGCAACACCAACAGCUCUUCUAAGAAGUCUGCUCCUUUAUACAAGGUGACCACAGUGGGGUCUCCUAAGAACAGACGGCUGCUCCUCAGUACUGACCACAGCCCCACAGCCAACUCCAAAACCAGAAGAACCUCACUGUUGAAAGACGGACUGAUCGAUGACCUUAGCAACCUGCCUAUCAUCUCCAACAUGACUGUUGUUCUGGAAAACUGCAUGGUCCCAGACAGAAACGCCACAGUAGAGAUGCCUAAACUGGAAGCUGAAGGUUUGAUCGACAAGAAGGGAGUUGUAUGUGACAAGAGCAAGAAGGCCAAUGGCAAGGUAGAGAAACUGUCAAAGUCACGCACCAACCGUCCAAUUGCUCCAGCUCCUGCUCCUCCCAAGUUGAUAGCUAUACCCAACACAACAUAUCCAAGUGGCGCAGCAGAUACGGCCACCUCCCAGCAGCCAUCUCCAAUGGCAGCCAUCAGCCUCACAAGUAAAAACCUUUCUCUGAAGCCCAUCAAACCAAAGCUGAGCAUUGUUGUGGAGCCGAGUCUGGUCAAAGCCUCCCUGGUUACCUGCAACAAAGAGACCAGGAAAAAAGAGAAAAGGAGGCUAAAGGACAAACAUAAAGAUGCAUCAAAUAGAACAGCUAAUGGGGACAGCAGUGGAAUCAAAAUGGACGACGGUGGUGGUGGACCUAAGAUAAAUGUCAAGGAAAUUUCUGGAAGCCUUCUGAAGGAGCACCUUAGUAAGCAGGAUGUGAUGAAUGGACUCACGGAGAGCCAGGAGAGCAGAAUGGCCAGCAUCCGUGCAGAGGCCGACAAGGUUUAUACCUUUACUGAUAACGCCCCCAGUCCCUCCAUUGGCAGCUCUUCGCGGCUUGAUGCGAGCGGCCCGUGCCUGGGAACAACAGACGGCAGCAGCAAGAAUGACAGCCCCGCCUACUCUGACAUCUCAGACGCUGGGGAUGAUGGAGGAUCUUCUGAAUGUCGCUCUGAUGGAAACCGAUCUAAGCCUGGCUCCUCAGCCUGCUCCGAGGUGAGCACCAACAGUAUCCACAGCAACCCUGGUAAAGCCCCAUCCAUGACAUCUGCCCCCACCUCAAAAGACCCUCAGUCCCCAUAUUACCAUAGUUAUGAGCCCUACUACCUGCAAGGAUACAUGCAGUCGGAAAGGCAGAACAGCACCAGCGUUGGUUUCCACAAGAGCUCUGCCCAUGACAGCAAAGGCAAAGCAAAGGAAGAGGUGAAAGAGGACGAGAAGAACGCUUCCCAUGAGUUCUCAGACUGUAAGAAAGGUGAUGGGCUGCCUCAGUCUCAGCUACAGCUGGCUAUGAGUCAGACCCAGACGGCCUUAGCUCAGUCCCUGUACUAUGGUCAAUACUCCAGAGGACUUUACAUGGACCAGAAACUGUUACUGGGUUCCAAAUGCUGUGACCAGAUGACCAGUGUCAAGCAAAGGGGCGAAAGGGGACAAGGGUUGAGAGACAGUGAGGAUGUUAAACAUGUGGUUGGGGGUACAGCCAGCGGGCCCAUGCUAGGAAAAGGUUCCGAUGGCACUAAAGGUUGCUGUUCCAAACCCAUCCUGUCCUAUGUGGAAAUAAGCGAGAGAGGAGACCGGGGGCAGAGCCUGGGCAUAAAGUCAGUGCACGGUGGCAUAGUGGAGCAGCACCAUGUCUCAAUGAAAGAUUGUGAGGACAUCAGGCCACCCUCCUCUUCCUCUUCUUCAUCACUCCACAACCCAAACACUCAGACAGAUCUGGACUCAAAUGUUUCCUUUUCCAGUCCCUCAGACGCCCCAGCCUGGGCUCACCGCCUCGCUCACAGCAAAUACUCAGAGCUACAGGAUCAACAUGGAGAGCAGGCGGAGGAGGGGGAGGCAGACAGUGGAAAAGAAUGGGGAACUACUGUAAAGCCCGCUGGAGCCAAGACGAGCUCAGGAGGAGGUGGAGGGGAGAGAGGAGGAGACGCCAGGAAAAACAGGGGCCACGGAUGCCACGAUUUCCCGCCCACCGUCGACAUGGAGGAUUCUGACAGGUUGGAAGGGAUGGAUGACCAAGGAGCGGAGCCAAUGGGAGGGCUGUCUGAGGAAUCCCAGACUGCCCGGGCAGCAGUGUCUCCCCCCAUGACCCCUCAGCAGCCCUACGUCCAGUACCAGCACUCCUCCUUCCCGUCGUACCUGGCGAUGUGCGAGAGCAGCGAGGGCUCCUACAGAGGAGUGUCCCCCACCCUGGUCCACAGUUACCCAGGCUUCCACUACCCUCUGUACGGCAAGACGGCGGGCAGGGAGGAGUCGGACGUGACUCCACCGGGCAGAGGCGGAGCCGUGAGCGGCAAACAGAGCAGCGACUCGUCCUCCGCCAGAACGACGCUGCAGGAACGGCCUGGUGAGAAGGCGUCACCUGAGGGAGAGAGAGAGAUGGAAAGAGAGAGAAACCAUGUGUCGUUCGCCCGACACCUCCACACACACCACCACACACACCUGGGUAUGAGCUACAACCUGAUGUCAGGACAGUACGACAUCUACCAAGGGUUGAGCUCCCGGUCGCUGGUUUCCAGUCAGCAGGUGUCAGGACACUCUUCUGCUGACAGUGAAGGGAAGAAGUAGGAGCAUGUGACCACAUCUCACAUGGGGGACGGCACAUUUAUCAGACAUCAAUUCCAUGGUGUUGAAUAGGCUUCGCCUCGCUGAGAGGCCGAGAACGACAUUUCUUACUAUGAGAGACACCAGUUUUAUAACAAGCCACAUAAGAGCAGAGUGGAGAGAAGGACCUGAAGCAGGAACCGGACCUUUGGAAGGAGGAACUUUCUGUACAAAUCCAGAAUCAACAACUUGUGGAGCUUUGAGUUUUGACAGAUGCAGGCGGCGCGUGAACAUCGCAGAGCGCCGCGCGCUCGGCUGUGGUGUUCGACUUUAUAAAAUGCACAUUUAUUGUAGUGUAUUAUGACAAUGAUAUGACUGAAUGUACUGAUGACUCACAUUAUCCCAACGGUGUUGAUUGUUUUCUAAAAGCCUCUGUUGGGAAACAGCAUUAGGAAGCUAAAAGUCUCUAUUAUUCUUAUUAUUCUCCUUAUGAUUAUUGAAGUGGACCUCCCCCUCCAUAGUGCUGCCUCUGCAUUUGUAUUACUAACCUGUACUUGAGCGUAACCAUGUUGAUUGUAUUGUCUUUAUGUGAGAGUAACCUUCACUUUGAACCUGCCCAGUGCCGUGUGGGAACCCAGUGGUGUAUAUAUUGUGUACCGAUUGAAGGACUGACGUGCUUCACGGCAGCAGGCAGACUCUGCUCUCACCUGCUCUCUGGUGUUCGUGGGCUCAGGUUCCUCCACGUCAGCGGCUGGUGGUUGUUGUAGACGCCAAGGAAGCAGCAGCCACUAAAUCUUCACAGAGGAACUCACCUAGAUGUGAUUGUUAAUGUAAAACGCUAUUAGUUUGAUGUGAUAAUCACAGGAAGGCUCAGCCUCUGACAUCUCUAGCUUUCUUUAGCUCCAUUCUGCUGUUCUCCGUGUCCGAGGGUAAAACGUGCGCUGACCUCAUGGGCCGCUGACGCUGGGAGGAGGAGCGGAGCGCUGACACGCUGGCUCCCACAGUCCAGCGCAUGAUGGGAUGUAAGCCUCCGUGUGUUCCACUGAAGCCGUGUAAAGGUUCAGGAUUUAGAACUUUCUAACGUUCUGGACCUCCAUGAGCACAGGUUCAUGGUCGUCCGAUGCUGAAUGUUGAGGACCAGCCUUUUAAUCGAACACCUCCAGUUUACAGGACAUGGCUGACUUCUUCUCCACAGCUCCUCUUCCUGCUGGGGAGGAGUGACAUGACUGACAGGCUAAAAGCUCCUUCAGCCAAACACUGGUCUAACGGUCAAAACACAGUCCGAUGCACAAACUGGGGCCAAGUAAGUGAACAUAUGCUCAUGAUGAAUAAUCCACUUUUGUUAACGUCACAUCUCAAGGACAAUUCCAGUGUUGACUUCUCGUAGCCUCUGAGGCCAGAGUUACACUGAAAGUGAAAGAAUUUGGUUUGCUCAGGUACAAUAAUGAUUUUAUUACCAAAAAGAAGCUUCAUCGUGCGUCACUGACUCUUUUCAGAUACUUCACCAGUUUGUAUACUCCUGUGUUGUUUUGGAGAAUCUAACUACAGGCUGUGACCGCAUGUUUUGCCAAGACCGAUUCAACAGCACGUGAAAACACGCUCAGUGCCGUUCAGCUUUGAGUGUAACGGAACGAGCAGUUGCUUUCAGAACCGCUUUUAUCAGAGAACGGAACAGUUUGAAUCAGAAACGCCAUUAAAGCUAAAAGUGUGUCGCUACCAACUUUAUCCUGGAAUUGUCCUUUUGUUGUUGUGAUGCUGGGGGCGUCUUGUCUGGAAUCAGUGGUUUCCUGCUCGUGCUUCCAAACCUACGACAAGCAGACGAUCUCUCUGCAGAGCCUCUGAUAAAGAGUGGGUGGAGUCUCAAUGCAGUGCAGCAACACAAACCAGACCAGGGGUCACGAACCUGGCGUUACUACGUGUCUCCACCAUCGGAGACACGGCUGCACUGUUGUCUAACGUGCUGUAUUUGAUCUGGCUUCUGUGUGAAGCCUCUGCGUCCCUCCCUUCAUGUGUCCAGCUGACCAGCUUUCUUACAAAUAGGUCAGUUCGGACCAGGACCGUUCUGAUUCAUCACAGGUCCGGUACAAGGUGUGCUAAUGAAGUGUAGUCAAUCUGAUUUCUGAUUCUGAUUCUUGCGGCUCUUGUGGUCUAGGGUUUUUUCCCCAAUAAAUGUGGCUGAGUCAUUGUGCUUGUCCAGAUCAACAGAUGAUGUUAUUUUUGGGAAAACAGCUUUUUUGCUCUCUGGCUCCGAAGCUCUGACCACUACUUCCUUUAGCCAGCAACAGCUACACUGAACCUACACAUGUGCCAUCAACUAACGUCAUUGUAGUUAGUGCUAAGGUUCAUGCUCAGUGCUGUCCGGUCUGGCCAGAACACUUGAUUUUCAUAUACAUGAGUAUGAAGCUGCCAACAGCAGCAGUGACCCGGCUCGUUUAUCAGCAGCUCUGUCAGCUUAAACAACACCUUACCUGCAUCGUAUCUGUGCUCAUUCUAUUACUUGAAUAUUGUGCUAUGAACUCUGUUUACAAAAUGCUGUCAGACCUUUGGGCACAGUGCUGUCUUAAAAAGGCUGCUUGGUAUGUUCAGCUCAUCCACCCAGUGUACCCAGUUAAUAACACACUGAAAUAAAAACAUCAAACCUG